AUGCUCAUUCGUCAAGACAUUAUCCCUGAGCGGAGGCAGACUCUCCCCAGACGAGACAUUGGCUGCUACACUCAAGACGUUAAACUUGAGACAUCAUCUAAGAAGAAAGCAACAACAACAUCUCGUGUGAAUCUGGAUUACUUCCCAUCAGGGAGUGUCAUUGAUGGUCUGAGUGCUUCACUUUUGAGCCGGUGUCAGGUGAAUUACAAUAGAGGAACAUUGGUGGUUUCAUGGCCUGAGUUUGGUCCUAAUGUGAUCAGAUAUUUUGGUGCUCUGCUGAAGAAUAUUGUCUCGAGUUUGGAUGUUGCGAGUGUCAACAAAGAUCAGUAG